UAGUAUUGAAUAUACAAUUUGGUCCCUAUAUUAAACCAUAUAUUAUCAUAACGAAUAAUAUAACUAAUGUAUGAACGAGUCAUAGAUAUUUUGAAAUAUUGAUAAUAAAAAUAUUAGAGCGCUCUACAAGAUUAUGUACUAAUUGGGUGGUUUACACAAUAUUAAAAGAAUUAAAAACAUAGUGUUUGGUUAGCAUUUUAUGAUGUCUUUAAAUAUUGCAUCUGGCCCUUGUAAUGCAAUAAUAUAACUCAACAAUAUCUAAAAUCAAUUAGUUCUUCCUUCUCUUCUCCUUGAUGCAAAAAAGAAAAGAGAAUGUGGCUGAACGGAAUUGCAACUAUAUGGUUACCAUAAAGACAAGCUGUCAUUCUCCACGUCGUACAAAUGACAAAAUCACUGUUUUAUUUGGAGACUUUAAACACUUUGUGCCGAUUCGUACUCCAAAAAUGAAUAGUAAUUCUAAGAGGUUCGAGCGGUGCACAACAACUAAAUUUAAGUUACUAGGAAGUUGUCUCAACAAACUGUGCAGAUUGUACGUAAUUAGGAGUGGAUCAGAUGGUUGGAUGCCGGAGUAUGUCACCGUAGAUGACUAUAAGAACACUCCUAUCUCUAUUUACUUCUCCACUUUUUUUCCAGAUGAUGGUGCUGGCUAUGGCCUAAACUUUUGCUAUGAAGACUAGUCUCCAAAUACUAUUAUUACAACUCUUUCUUUGUUUUUUUAACUAAGAUAAGCUUAUUCUAUUUCAUAGAAAAUAGAAGCAACAUAAUAUGUAUGGAGGCUAGUCUUGAAUUAAGGUUUUGUCUUAUAAGUGUUUUGUGUUCUACAUAUUAAGUAAAAAAUUAAGAAAUAGUUAAUGAUAAAAGAUGAAUUAUCAAGUUGAA